UGGGGGCCCCCUGGCGGCCCGGGGCCCCAAGUAGUAACCUGCCUUGCCUGUUCACAAGCUGUGCGGCUCCUACUUUAAUAUAUCUCUGUUAAGGUACACCCAUAGAUCAUAGAGGAAUGAAGAUUGAUAUCCAUACUCAUGUUCUGCCCAGGGAGUGGCCCGAUUUGAAGGAGAGGUAUGGAUACGAUGGAUUCGUCCAGCUCCACCACCACUGCAAGGGUGAAGCAGACAUGAUGAAGGGGGACAAGCUGUUCCGAGUGAUCCAGGAAAACUGUUGGGACGCAGACGCUCGGAUACGAGACAUGGAUAAGCAUGGUGUCACUGUUCAGGCUCUUUCAACGGUUCCUGUGAUGUUCAGUUAUUGGGCGAAGCCCCAUGACACCCACGACCUGUGUGUCCUCCUAAACAACGACCUGGCUCAGAAGGUGAGCAGCAACCCCAGGAGGUUUGUGGGUCUGGGGACCCUGCCCAUGCAGGCCCCGGACCUGGCCGUUCUGGAGAUGAAGCGCUGCGUGAAGGACCUGGGCUUCCCCGGAGUCCAGAUCGGAUCACACAUCAACUCCUGGGACCUCAACGCCCCGGAGCUCUUCCCCUUCUACGCAGCAGCGGAGGAGCUGAACUGCUCCCUGUUCGUCCAUCCCUGGGACAUGCAGACGGACGGGAGGAUGGCCAAGUACUGGCUGCCCUGGCUGGUGGGCAUGCCCUCUGAGACCGCUGUGGCGAUAUGUUCCAUGAUAUUCGGGGGAGUUUUUGAGAAGUUCCCCAAGCUCAAGGUCUGCUUCGCUCAUGGAGGUGGUUCCUUCCCUUUUACGGUGGGCAGAAUCCAACAUGGCCACACAGUGCGCCCUGACCUGUGUGCCGUCGACAACAAUUGUAGCCCUCGCAAAUACCUGGGCUCCUUCUACACCGACUCCCUCGUGCACGACCCCCUCGCGCUCAAGCUGCUGCUGGAAGUCAUCGGAAAAGACAAGGUGAUGCUGGGUACAGACUAUCCCUUCCCCCUGGGGGAACUGGAGCCUGGUUCUCUGAUCGAAUCGAUGGAUGAAUUAGACAACACAUUAAAGGAUAAACUUCUUUCUGGAAAUGCACUGGAUUUUCUGGGCAUCAAAAGAGAACAGUUUGAAUCAAUUAAAAGCUGAAGCACUCAAUCGGACCCCUCAUAUCUUUCAAUAAACGUAUUGCUUUAUU